UGACAGAGUUCAGACCUGAAGCUCCGCGUGCAGGCUUUGAACGAGCCCGGAGCUGUCUGCGGUGCUGAACAUCUGCAGGAUCAUCAUCAUCACCAUCACCAUCAUCUUCACCACUCCGUGUUCCUCAUUACAUGCCCUCACCUGUGACAACAGCCGGGAAGUAUCUUGAUGAGUGAAUCCCCAAAUGAAGACGUUCCUGGUGACUCAAGAUACAAAAAUAGAAGCUCUUUCAGUAAACCAACAACUCACUGCAACGCGGCCAAACCAGUCAAGUGAUUCAAAACGGAAACAUUCUCUGAAGCACCAUAACGUGGAUCAUUUACAGCCUGCGAGCACUUUGAUUGAUCUAUGGAACAUCUUCAGCCACUCAAUAGAGAUUUAUACACUCUGUAAUCACACUAAACGCCCCUCUAGGGCUGCUGUUGGAUGACAUUUGAAAUAUUGACAAACAAACUGAGGACCGUGCGGAUGAUUUGAAGUUGAAGUAGUGACCUCAGCUUUUGUAUUGUUAGCUUCUCUGCAGAGCGAGUGGGACAAAGACAGGGGGCCAGUUGAAUCUAAUUAAACCUCACUGAGCAUGCCUCAGCUUGCUGCUUGGCUCACCAGAGGGCUUAUUCAUUUGCACUACUGAUUUACCCCGUGUUAUUUCUGCUGGAACUAUUUCUUUGCCCUGUGGCUUGUGGGAAACAUCGCUGGUUGAGUUCAAUCUGUUGACAUCUGCCUGAUUUCACUAUGUGAUGUCCCUCUGGGUUUAGAAAUCACGCUCAGUAACAAAGAUGACCCUGCAGAGCCAUGCCGGUCCUCAGAGCUUCUGACUGAAAAAUAAAACGUAUACAGUGAACGAUUUCAUCCUCCUGAACAUUCCCUCGCUCCCAAAAUGAGUGACUCAAACUACUGGUUUGUGGACUAUGAUCUCUCCUCUCCUGCGCCACCUGGGUUCCCCAGGGGCCCGACGGUGCUGCAGCCCAUGGCGGGGCAUCCCGAGCAGGGAGGGGCCCUGUGUUUCGUCGGCCUCCUCGUGCUGCUGCUGCUCUUCCUUCUGGUUCGCUGCGUCCGUAUAUUAUUGGACCCCUACAGCAGCAUGCCAGCAUCAUCGUGGACAGACCAUAAGGAGGGUCUGGACAGAGGACAGUUUGAUUAUGCACUGGUGUGAAGAUGAGGAGUGAUCGGGAGAUGAGGAGAGGGAUGCAUCUGGAGAUAUAUAAAGGUUCUUUUGAGGGACUUUUGAUAUACAAUGAUUGUUCUGCGCCCUGCUAAACGCUUCUAUUUCCACAGUUUCAGCCUCUGAAAAUGAAAGAAACUGCAGUGUGUUUGUUGUUUGGUUGGGGUACUGUAAUGCAAGCUGUAAAGAUAACAUCAUUAAACAGCAUCUGUACAAGGAUUCAAUUCAGAGGGAGCAGGAGCAGACACACCAGACAUCCUGCAUCCAUUUUAAUUCACAGUAAUUAAAGUAUUAUUGGAGACUCGGUGUGUGUGAUGUUACACUGCAGCUUCCGCAGUGACAAACACUGCAGGAAGAGAGCGAUCAGUAUCGCAGCAUUACGUUAUGACUCCUGUUUAUCAUGUCAUUUCGUAAUUCUAUAACGUUUUUACAAAUCCCAGGGCUGAAUUAUAAAUAGAGAGAGGAGCUGCUGCAAGAGAGGUCCUGAUUGAAUAAAAAAGAAAUCAAAUGGGUUCAGGGCAGACAUGGAAGUCAUUUAGACAGAACUAAUACGCACUGUUACAGCAGAUUUAAAGACGAGACUGUCAACUUUAUAUGCUGAUUUAUUGCUAUAAUGUAGAAAAGACAGUUUGGAGCCUUUGAGUGCUGCAGAACAAACAAUUUAGAAGAUGUCAUAGUGUCUCUGGAACUGGAAACCUUUUUUUUUUAUGUGAACCAUGCUGGAUAUUGUGAGGCAUUUGUACCACCUCGAACAUGAUCCUCAGGUAAAAUGAUUUCUAACUAACCAAAGCCUCUGUAAUUUUAAGGGAAUCACUUAAAUCGCCCCUGAAAUUGAGCUUUAGCUGCUAUUGUUAUCUCUAAUUUCUUUAAAAUUCACUGUCCUAAAUUUCAAUAUUAUCCCACUAUAAAAGGAAAUGUUUAUAAUACAUAACAGUUAAUACAACGUAUUUUAUUUGGGGUUUUGCUAUUUCAUGUCGCCAUCCCUUUAAGAGGCUUAUGAGGCUCAGUGCGGGAGUGAGGGUCACAGUGCUGACUCAAUAUGUGUCAUAUAAAGUUAUGAUUAUGAAAUGCAUGUACACCAAUUUCCUCCCCCCUAAUCCUUUUUGCCUUUAGGCCCCGUCCAGCGCACCAGCCAAAUCUGUUCAACAGUGCCUGUAGGAAUACAAGAAACGCUAAUAUCUGUUUCAUACUAACGAUGUUACUGCUCCUUUUGCCACUUGUUUUGUAAUAUUGCUUCUGCCCUUAUUACACUGUAAAGUCCUCUCUUUAUAAAUGAAGUUUAGUAUUGAUAUUUUACUGAUUUGCUAAAAAGUUGAUUUGUGUCAUCGAUGAUGACCAAAAGUGUUUAUCGAUACCAAACUAUUGUAUACGGUCUAACUUCCUGGAUGUAGACUCUUGCUUGUAAAAAUUAGAUAUUUUCCUAAUGUUUCUUUAAAGUGGCAUUCAGUUUUUUUAAUGAA